UUCUCAUCUUCUUAUCUGUUCUGCCUCCACGUCUUAUCUAUAUUCCGCCCUCUUCUGCUAAUUAGAUAGCUCAGAUUCUUAAGUUAACCAAUCAUAGCCAUUACUUUCGGUUCUAUUGUUUAUUAAUUUUUCAUGUCGCCUUUCCUAAUGUUUCCUAGAUUUUAGAGUAAUGGGUUUGGCAUUGGGCUUUUGCUUGGGGCUUAUGAUUUCCAUGCUUGCUUAAUUGGGGCAAAAUCUCGAUACAAUUAGCUGGAUUAAUUAAAUUUGUUGGAUGUUUACACUUGGGGUAUAAUGUGUUGUUGCUGAAAUCGUUUAUAAGUUCAAGAUCCUCAGCGAUUUCAUCUUCUGAUGCAUGAUUUCGUAUGUUCCAAGACUUUUGAGUCCAUCAUUACACCCGGUACUGAUAGUGAGGGAAAUGUCCCCCACAAGAACGAAUGUAUAACAGUUAGAAAGAGAGAUUGAUAAUGUCCUGUUGGUUUCAUCCUUCCUGUGACUUUUGAUUACUUGGGUAAUUUUUUGUUCUUAACUUGCUUUCCUGAUAGGAUUGAGACCUUAUAAAGUUAAAUGGCUGAGAUAAAGAUAGAUGAACCAGGAGAAUUUGGAGAGAGGCCUAUUUUCAGAGAUAUUAGACGCUAUUCCUGUGAGUAUUGUGGCAUCUGUCGAUCAAAAAAGACCCUGAUAACCUCUCAUAUCAAUUCUUGCCACAAGGAGGAGUUGGAAAGAGUCAGAGUGGAUAAAGAUGAGGAAGCCACGGCACAAAAUCCAAUACUUGCAAGGAAUGUGGUGCUAGUUUCAAAAAACCAGCCUAUUUGGUGCCGCACAUGCUACGCCAUUCUCUCGAGGGAAGAUAUUUAUACUAUCAAAAAUUAUGGAUAUUGUUGCGUGAAGCAUUGGAUCCCCAACAGAGAACUCCAAAAUUCAAGAGGCAGAUGUUAUUGACUUGAUGGAUCAGUAUGAAGAAGGGAGAACUCUUUAGAAGCUCCAUCA